AGAAGACACUUAGAGGGACUUGACUCUCCUCUUAGUGUGCUCUGCCAAACCUCUCUCUCUCUGCUCCCCCUUUUCUCUGUUAAUCCUUUCCUUUCAGAGGAAACAAAACCAGCCAUGACGUCGUCCAGAUCUAGUAUGACCGUGAAAACGGUUAGGUCCAGCUUUGGUGGAAGCGGUGGUGGAGGUGGCGGCUUCAGUGGUGGUAGUUUCAGCGGUGGUAUCAGGAGUGGAGGAGGAGGAGGAGCAAGACAAUUUUCCUCAAGAUCGGCCGUUAUAUCAUCAAAACCGGCAUACUCAGUGUCAUCCAGUUUUGGAGGCGGCUCAAUGCUUAGGUCAGGUGGUGGAGGUGGUGGUGGUUAUGGCUUCGGUGGAGGUGCUGGGGGGGGGGGGGGGGGUAGUUAUGGUUUCGGUGGAGGUGCUGGGUGUGGUGGUGGUGGUGGUGGUUUCGGUGGUGGUUUCGGUGGUGGUUUCGGCGGUGGUCUUGGCGGUGGUCUUGGCUUCGGUGGUGGUGGCGGCGGAAUGGCUCCGAUCACAAACGUCCAAGUCAACCAGACCCUGCUGGCCCCCUUGAACCUUGAGAUCGACCCUGCCAUCCAGACUGUUCGUACCCAAGAGAAAGAGCAGAUCAAGACUCUAAACAACCGCUUCGCCAGCUUCAUUGACAAGGUCCGCUUCCUGGAGCAGCAGAACAAAAUGCUGGAGACCAAGUGGAGCCUGCUGCAGGACCAGACCACCACCCGCUCCAACAUCGACGGCAUGUUCGAGGCCUACAUCGCCAACCUGCGCAGACAGCUGGAUGGGCUUGGCAAUGAGAAGAUCAAGCUGGAGGGAGAGCUGAGGAAUAUGCAGGGACUGGUGGAGGACUUCAAGAACAAAUAUGAAGAUGAAAUCAACAAGCGCGCUAGUGUGGAGAAUGAGUUUGUGCUCCUCAAGAAGGAUGUAGAUGGCGCAUACAUGAACAAGGUUGAGCUGGAGGCCAAGGUUGACGCCCUUCAGGAUGAGAUUAACUUCCUCAGAGCUGUCUAUGAGGCGGAACUGCGUGAGCUGCAGGGACAGAUCAAGGACACCUCAGUCAUUGUGGAGAUGGACAACAGCCGCAACCUGGACAUGGACUCCAUUGUGGCAGAAGUCAAGGCUCAGUAUGAGGAGAUCGCCAACCGCAACCGUGCAGAUGCAGAGUCGUGGUAUCAGCAGAAGUUCCAGGAGAUCCAGAGCACUGCAGGCCAAGCUGGAGAUGAACUUCGCAACACCAAGAAUGAGAUUGCUGAGCUCAACCGCAUGAUCAGCCGCCUCCAGAAUGAGAUUGAGGCAGUCAAGGGACAGCGUGGCAACCUGGUCUCUCCUCCAGCAGUUCCUGCCGCAGUGGGACGUUCGGGGGCGCUUCUUCAAUAUGCUCCAGAGCCAGUUUUGACGUUCAUGAGCACUCCGCCCAUGGGCCUCGCCGCCUGGAUCUUCAUCGCCUGUUUUGAUCUGGACGGACUAGUCGCAUUCUGUCCCCUGCCCCUACAUGCCUCCAGCAUCCUCGUCAACUCGCCGCACUUAUUACGCAUGGCUCCGGCGUGUGAGGGCAUCAACUUCUCCUGUAGCACCUAA